AAAUGGAGGGAAACAUAAAGGGGGUUUCGUUUUCAGAAGUGUCGGGAAACUUCUUUCCCCACUCCUGUAGCGCCGCCGCCGCGUGCCCGUGAACCUCCCGCCUUCGUUCUCCCCUCCCGCUUGCCCCGGUAGUGAUUUUCUUCCUUGGUUCACGGCGGAUCCCAUGCCGAUCGACGGGAUGGUGUCCGUGGUCGCGACCGUGAGUGGGUACCACGGCGACGAGCGGCACAGGCUCGUGAACCUCAUCGCGGAGACCGGCGCCAGCUACGUAGGAUCCAUGAGCCGGUCCAUCACCCACCUGGUGUGCUGGAGGCUCGAGGGGAAAAAGUACGACAUCGCGAGGAGGCUGGGGACGCUCGUCGUGAGCCAUUGGUGGUUUACGGAGUGCCUUAGGGAGGGGAGGCGCCUCCCAGUGGACUCUUACUUGAUGGUAAGUGGUGAAGAAGCAGGGCCAGUCCCAGAGUUGCCUACUCGUUCCCGUACACAAGGCAAAAAAAGUGCCAUCAUGGAGGACCGAGUUUUCCAAGAGUUACCUGAUGAUUUCUGGGACACUCCUCUAGCCAGAACCAGCUAUAAAGUUAAGUUUGAUGAUUCUGAUUCUGAUUUUGAGUCUGCCCUACUAAAAGAAAAUUCUGUUGGUGAUGGAGAUUCUAAGAAAAAUCGUUCAUCAGAUGUUAAGAAAAGAAAGCGUAUGAAGCAUGUCAAUACAUCAACGGACAGAAAUGUCUUAAACUCGCAGGACAAUGUGUCAAGUGUCAUGGAAAGACAUUUUCUUCAUUUGUCAAGUCAUACAACGUCCAAGAGCACAUCAAAGCAGAAGGAAAACUUGUCACACUUGCUUCACAAUGAAGUUCCUAUCAGGAUGGGAGAAAGGAAUGAUCUUACUGAAAACUUUGAAAAUGAUAGUUUGUCUGACAGCUUCAGUGAACCUCAAAUUUCAGAUACUCUGUGUGUAGAAGCUCAAAGAAAAUUUACCAAAACAAGUGCACCAUCAUCAUCACUUCGACAAAGUACCAUGGAUUCUUUAUAUGAAUUUGGUGAAACUAGUAGGCAUGAACCAGCAGGAAAAAAAGAACAAGACAAUGUUGAAUUAAGGAAGACUUCAAGAAGCUUCCUUCCAUUUGAUAUGUCAGGACAGGAACCACCUUUCUGUACUCAGGAGCAAGUAGAUAAAUGUAGCUUUGGCACUCUAGCUGAUGAUGAAAUGGGAUAUGAUAACAAACCCAUGGAAAAGUCAUCUAAUUUAGAAAGGCAAACAGAAUUAUCAUGCGUCAUAUGCUGGACAGAUUUUUCUUCUACAAGGGGCAUCUUACCAUGUGGACAUCGAUUCUGUUAUUCAUGCAUUCAAGGAUGGUCGGAUUGUCUGGCUUCUAGGGGUAAAGUCUCAACAUGUCCCCUUUGCAAAGCCAGUUUCACAUGGAUCAGUAAGGUGGACGAGGCAGGCACCUUAGAUCAGAAAGUAUACUCGCAGACCAUUCCUUGUGAAGCUUCUACCGAUGUUUUUGUGCUGGGCAGUGAAGGCUACGAUUUCUCUGGACCAACGUCUGGGCAAGGAGCAUGCUACCAGUGCCACUUCCGUGAGCCUGAGGAGCUUCUUCUAAGCUGCCACGUCUGCAGAUCACUGUGGGUACACUCGUACUGCCUUGAUCCUCCGCUGACUCCUUGGACAUGCAUGCACUGCAGAGAUCUGCGGGUGCUGUUUCAUCGGUAUCGUUAGCCCCACUUACUGUACUAGUCAAACCUUAAUUGUUGAAGGAAAUUAUCAGAAGGCUUGAACACCGUAGCGGCUUGUCUUACUGAAGGACUAUUAAGGGGUGUUUGAAUGCACUAGAGAUAAUAAUUAGUGGCUAAAAUUAGUUGAAACAUCUAAACAACCUAGCUAAUAGUUCAGCUAUUAGCUAUUUUUGGUAAAUUAGUUAAUAGUUAGAUAAUUAUUUGUUAGCUAGCUAAUUUCACUAAUAAUUUUUAGUCAACUAACUAUUAGUUCUAGUAUAUUCAAACACUCCCUAAGUUUGCAAUGUAAUUUUCUAGUUCCAUUUGAUGCUAUACCCUAGCAUUGUGUUAACGACAUAUACUAGUGGUACUCGAGGUGGAAGAUA